UGCGACUUCCGGUCUAGAGUAGGGCCUGCGGUGGGAGGAGGAAGGCGGAGGGAACCAUGCGAGGUUGUGAGAGCAGCGGCGAGGGUCGCCUCGAGAGACCGUUACUGAGCAGGAAUUCCGAAAUCCCCAACACUUCCUCCCUCCUGGGGAUUUGAUCCCCCAUGGCCACCGCUAACAGCAUCAUCGUGCUGGAUGAUGAUGACGAAGAUGAAGCAGCUGCUCAGCCAGGGCCCUCCCACCCACCCCCCAAUCCGGCCUCACCCCAGGCAGAAGCCCGUGGCUCCUCUCAGCCCCGUGGGGCCAGAGGAAGCAGUAGUUCGGGCGGCAAGAAAUGCUACAAGUUGGAGAAUGAGAAGCUGUUUGAAGAGUUCCUUGAACUGUGUAAGACGCAGACGGCAGACCACCCUGAGGUGGUCCCAUUCCUCUAUAACCGGCAGCAGCGGGCCCACUCUCUGUUUCUGGCCUCAGCGGAGUUCUGCAACAUCCUUUCUCGGGUGCUGUCCCGGGCCCGGAGCCGGCCAGCUAAGCUCUAUGUCUACAUUAAUGAGCUCUGCACUGUUCUCAAGGCCCACUCAGCCAAGAAGAAGCUGAACCUGGCCCCGGCUGCCACCACCUCUAGUGAGCCCUCUGGGAAUAGCCCUCCCACAGACCCCUCCUUGGACUCCACAAAUGCUGAGACGGCUGCCACUGAGGCCCCAAGGACCCGUGGUUCCCGGCGGCAGAUCCAGCGUUUGGAGCAGCUGCUAGCGCUCUAUGUGGCAGAAAUCCGGCGGCUGCAGGAAAAGGAGCUGGAUCUCUCAGAAUUGGACGACCCCGACUCCACGUACCUGCAGGAGGCGAGGUUGAAGCGGAAGCUGAUCCGCCUCUUUGGGCGGCUGUGUGAGUUGAAAGACUGCUCUUCACUGACGGGCCGGGUCAUAGAGCAGCGCAUCCCCUACCGGGGCACCCGCUACCCAGAGGUUAACAGGCGCAUUGAGCGGCUCAUCAACAAGCCAGGGCCUGAUACCUUCCCUGACUAUGGAGAUGUGCUGCGGGCCGUGGAGAAGGCAGCUGCUCGGCACAGCCUUGGCCUCCCCCGACAGCAGCUCCAGCUCAUGGCUCAGGAUGCCUUCCGAGAUGUGGGCAUCAGGUUACAGGAGCGACGCCACCUCGAUCUCAUCUACAACUUUGGCUGUCACCUCACCGAUGACUAUAGGCCAGGCACUGACCCUGCACUGUCAGAUCCCACUCUAGCCCGGCGCCUACGGGAAAACCGGAGCUUGGCUAUGAGCCGGCUGGACGAGGUCAUCUCCAAAUAUGCAGUGAUGCAAGACAAGAGUGAGGAGGGCGAGAGACAGAAGAGAAGAGCCCGGCUCCCCCAGGCCACCUCUUCCCACCCUGCAGACUCCCCCAAAGCCUCCUUGGAUUCUGGUGAGGGCCCUAGUGGAAUGGCAUCCCAGGAGUGCCCUACCACCUCCAAGGUUGAGACAGAUGAUGAAGAAGAUGAGGAAAGUGAUGAGGAAGAGGAAGAAGAGGAGGAGGAGGAAGACGAGGAGGAGGACGACGACGAGGAAGAGGACGACGACGAGGAGGCCACAGAUUCCGAAGAAGAGGAGGAUCUGGAACAGAUGCAGGAAGGUCAGGACGAUGAAGAGGAGGAGGAGGAAGAAGGUAAGGAUGGAGACAAGAGCCCCAUGUCCCCACCACAGAUCUCCACUGAAAAGAACCUGGAACCUAGCAAAGGCAUCAACAGGUCUUCAGGGGAAGAGCAAAACAAAGAACUCAGAGGGUCACCAUCGUCACUGUCAGAAGAACCCCUGGCCCCCUCCAGCAUAGAUGCUGAAAGCAAUGGAGAACGCCUGGAGGAGUUGCCCCUGGACGAGGAGAGCCCUGUGUCUCAGCUCUUUGAGCUAGAGAUUGAAGCCUUGCCCCUGGAUACCAACCCUUCCCCCGAGGAGAGGGACGUUUCCUCUUCCAGGAAGCAAUCAAAGGACCCGCUCACCACUGUUUUGGAGAAUGGAGCAGCCAUGGUCACCUCUACUUCCUUCAAUGGAGGUGUCUCUCCUCACACCCGGGGAGAUUCCAGUCCUCCCUGCAAGAAAUCUCGGAAGGAGAAGCAAACAGGAGCAGGGCCAUUAGAAAACAGCUAUGUGGAAAGGCAAAGGGCAGUGCACGAGAAGAAUGACAAGAAGAUCUGUGCCCUGCCCAGCCCACCUUCCCCCUUGGCUUCCAUGGCCCCAGUUGCUGAUUCCUCCACGAGGGUGGACUCUCCUAGCCAUGGCCUGGUGACCAGCUCCCUCUGUAGCCCAUCUCCAGCCCGGUUGUCCCAAACCCCACAAUCACAACCCUCCCAGCCUGGUACUUACAAGAUGAGUGUGGCCACACAGUGCGAUCCAGAGGAGAUCAUCGUGCUCUCAGACUCUGAUUAGCUGCCUCCCCCUGCUCCCUGCCUCCAAAACGUUUUGAGGAGAGUAUUUGGAGGAUGGUGGGAAGCAGAUGACUGAGGAAAGGAUGAACUGAGCUAAUCCCCUUUUGGUGGUUUCUUUUAAAAAAAAAAAAAGCUUAAGUUUUACACAGAAACAUUAAUAAACAAACAAUAAAGUUCUUUUCU